UUUCUAACGCCUCAGGCCCUCUCAUGCAUUACCAAUUUCUUCACAAAUUCGCCAAUUUAAAACCCAUCACCCUCUAAGCAAUCCCACCAAACAAAACUCCAUCUCAUUCUAAACUAUCUCUGUCUCUCUCUGUUUUCUCUCUGUUUUCCUUCUCCAAAAAAACCAUGGUGGUUCUUUCUCAGCCAGCAUUUGACCAUCUCUCCCUAACCGAAGCAUACAAGCCCACCACCUUGUUCGCUGGAAUUCCAGUGGUAGACCUCUCCGACCCUUCUGCAAGGGCCCUCAUAGUCAAGGCCUGUGACGAUUUCGGUUUCUUCAAGGUGGUUAAUCAUGGCAUCCCAGUAGAGUUCAUGACCAUACUUGAAGCUGAAGCUCUCAGGUUCUUCAACCUGCCUCAGUCUGAGAAAGACAGGGCAGGACCUCCCGACCCAUUUGGCUAUGGAAACAAAAGAAUUGGACCAAACGGAGAUGUGGGUUGGAUUGAAUACCUCCUCCUCAACACCAAUCCCAAUAUCGUAUCCAACAAGACAAUCUCCAUUCUCAAGGAAAACCCAGAAAUAUUCAGUUGUGCAGUGAAAAACUAUAUUUCAGCAGUGAAGAAGAUGACCCUUCGAGUGUUGGAAUUGAUGGCUGAUGGGUUGGGGAUUAGACAGAGGAAUGUGUUCAGCAAGCUGUUGAAGGAUGAAAGAAGCGACUGUUGUUUCAGGCUGAACCACUAUCCGCCAUGCCCAGAGCUUCAAGCAUUGAGUGGGCGAAAUUUGAUUGGGUUUGGGGAGCACACAGACCCACAGAUCAUAUCUGUCCUGAGAUCCAACGACACAUCAGGGUUGCAAAUCUGUCUGAGAGAUGGGACUUGGGCUUCAGUCGAACCUGAUCAGAACUCCUUUUUCAUCAAUGUUGGUGAUUCGUUGCAGGUAAUGACCAAUGGGAGGUUUAGAAGUGUGAAGCAUAGAGUUUUGGCUGACAUUAUGAAAUCAAGGAUUUCAAUGAUCUACUUUGGAGGACCACCUUUGAAUGAAAAGAUAGCACCUUUACCAUCUCUAUUGGCUGAAGGAGAAAAGAAGCUGUACAAGGAAUUCACAUGGUGUGAAUACAAAAAAUCUGCGUACAAGUCAAGGCUAGCAGAUAACAGGCUUAGUCUCUUUGAGAAUGCUGAAAAAUAGAUUUUUAAGGAAGCUUGAGAAACUAUUAAAGUAGAUGCCUCGUAAUCAUUUUUAUUUUUCAAAUUAAUGUUUUUAACCUUUCAUAAAUUGUUUUAUAAGUAUCUUGUUUUUAAAUAAGUGUUUGUUUGUAAUAUAAAAAGAUACUACUUAUUUAUUAGUCCAAAUGCCAUUGUAAUAUGACUUUUCAUUUUCUUUAAUACUAAAUAUAUAAGAGUUCAGUUUUAUGUC